UUUGCUGUAGUUACGCAAGAGGUUUGCUUUCCUAUAGCUACACACAUGGAAAACAUGCUACCUCGCACUAUCUCAAGGACGAAGUUUCUAUAUUGCAGAUAUAGUGAACGUCUCGCUAAAUUGACGGAACACUCCUCUUUAUUGUCGGAAGUCGCUAGUCGUUGCUGAAGCAGGACGCUGUCUACCCGUUUGUCGUUUUGACCAUUGGACAUUGAACUCUGCAGUGCCCCUGGCACAGCGUUUCUAUUGUCGUUAUAUUUUGCUUGUGGCCGUCAGUUAUUUGUGAUAUGUGGAGAGCCAAGAGCAGUAGGUAACGUCAGACGCUUCGUUGCGGCCUGGCUCUCUUCUACCAUAGAUCUGUAGCGUAAUGUGCCCACUCGCAUUGAGAGAACAAACCUACUGAAGAAGCGAGCCACCCGUUAACCGUAACGGUGGUCAUUUGAGCAGGCAAACGGCAACGUUAAAAGUUAGCGGCAAAGAUUUUCUCUCUUCAAGUGUAUUGGGUUGCUCUUCCACGCCCAAAAUUCUUUAACAACUUUGUUCUUUCGACAGCAAAAUGUUGGAUGGGGUUGUUUUGACCAAAUUGACAGACAUAGCGCAAAGACAUAGAAUGUGAAUGGGUAAGUUCCAUUAGUGAGGGGAUUUAAGAUGAAUAUGUUUUGAGAUUAAUUAACGAUAGAGCAAAAGUAAAAACGGUUUGAAUCUGAUGCUGUGCUGCUGUUGAGAACUUGUUUAAUAGCUGCUGCAGCAGCAACGGCAGCUACUAGCAACGUCAACAGAAAAAAAAAGCUGACAGAUUGACGCAUCGCUUAUUACUUGAUCGUCAGCUGCUGCUUGAUGUGUGUGAUGCGCAAGUGAAUCCCAAUGCGGUGGUAACGACUGCCGUAUCAACUGUAUGGCGCUUUUACGAGCGCCGACCAACGAUGCGAUGACGGUGUGUGAGAGACUCUGCGAAGUAAGGACGAAAAAACUCAUUUCGAGAGAUUUAAAUCCUGUGGAAUAGUUUGUUUGUUGAUGUAAAGACGUCUGCCUGUGUGUUGUAGCAAUUUCGCUAACGCUUUCUACGAAACUGCAACCAUGUUACUAUUUUUAGCCCGAAUAGGCAAAUUGGAGAAGUACUAUUAGUUCAAGUGCAAGGAAACGGCUUGUAAGGAGUCCAUGGAGUUAGUAAGUUGAUGAUUAAUAGUGGUUCGUAGAAGCCGAUGAAACCUAAUUGUAAAAUUAGUUUACUUAAGAAGCUAGCAAUACAACAAGCAUGAUAAGGGCUAGUAUUAUAUUUGACUUUCUCUAUUAUAAUAGUAAUACUUAUUAUAUUAAAAUUGCUUCAAGGUACGACAACCGUCCACUGUGAUCACAGUCCCCAAUGCUCAUGUGAUAGUACGAAAAGUCUAUAAUGACAGUCGAUAUAUGAUGUCAUGGUGAGAUUUUACGUGGUGACCAAAUGCGUUAUAGAUUACUACUCAGGGAUAUUUUGUGCCGGUACUGUAAUUGUAUCACUCUAGAGAUGCAGUAGAUCGUACUUGUGUGGUUAUUGACGUCAUGUUUGAGUUUCAAAGCUUGGAUGAUUUGGUCAGUUAAUAUGAAUAAUAGAUUGAACGAGUCAUGAGGCCAUAAAACCAGAUGCAUACGUGUUUGAUAUUUACCGGCAUUAUUUGUGUGCGGCAGAGGAGGUUCGAAAUGGCAAAGGUAAUAGUAUACAAUUGAAUUAUUUUAAUUUGUUCAGUAUCGAAUGUACUAAUACUUUAUCGCAGUUACAAAAUUUUGUAGCUACGGUUACCAGCUUUGUUAAAACUUCGAGUAUGAUCACUACAAUCAUCAAUAACACUAUGUUCUGUGUUAAUGGCUUAUAUUGGGAUAGAAGAAUCGUUUGUUUGUAGAAAGCAGUGAAGAAAAUUAUUUUUAUUCGGGCUCAAAUUAGACGAUUUCGUGAUGUCCACGGUGAUAGAUACAGGCACUUGUCGAAUUUAAGACGCUUUAGUGAUUUCAACACAUCAUGUCUAAAGGCAAAAGUGUUCAUAUCUUUCUGCUUCAAUAAACGCUUUUUAUAGUUUUUGCUGAAUUAUUACCCGGAUAAAUAUCAAAUGCAACAAUAUAAGAAGUACAUAUCUAAACAAAUUCUAGCUGAUAUUGCGUACUGGGUAUGCCAUUGCAAAAAAGCAUUUAUAUCAAUCAACUUAAAAAAGCAUCUUCAGUCAGCGUAUGUAAAACCGACGUCGUACUCUAUAUACAUGUAAUUAAAUGUCAGAAAAUUAAAAUAAUUUUUUGGAAUUAUAGGCGUAAGUCGCGUGAUCACCACCUUAUCUAAUGGGUCCUCCCAAAUUUUGAACGUAUUUGUAUAGAUAAUUGCAUUAACUGUAACCGAUCCGAUUUUGUGCCGCAAUACAUGAAUAGAAUUACGUGCAUAUAAUCGUCCGAAGUUUUAUUGCAGUUUCAGUGGCUUAUAAUAGUACGUGCAAUAAUGGGACGUUUCCGAUUGGCCUUCAUCACACAAGACAUUAACUAAUUAUAUAGCUUGUAUUAAGAGGAAUUUGCUGAUAAAUUAAAUCUUGCUUGCGCGAAUCUCUAACGGAUCGUUUUGCAUGUUUCCGUCAGCGCACUUCUUCUUUUCCGCUAUUGAAAAUCUUUCAUAAAUAUGAAUUUAGCUAUGCGUGGUGUAAUCUGUUUGACCUUUAAUUUAGUUGUAAGUUUACGUAUAGUUUUUUCAUUUUUCUAUGCUGAAAUAUGAAAUAAACUCAAGUUAUCACUUUUUUCGUCGAUACAUGCCCAUAAAUAAGCGUAUCGCAUAUACCUGCUACCCAAGGGGUGGCUUUGUGCAAAUCUGAUUGCGUAUAGCUUCAAUAGGUUUUUUUAAUUAUCUUUGUUUGUAGAGUUCUAUGUAUGAUGAACUGAUGAACACGUUCCAUGAUUACUAGUUUAUAUGGAUUUUAUUUUUAAAAAUUAAUUAGGUCGUAUGUGUGAACGUGUAGUCACCUGAACGGAUGUCAUUGUUUUAAUGCGGUAUAUUUGAGGAGAUUUCAAGCAUACGUUUAAUCUGGCUAUAAUCAUACAUAACGUAACAUAGAUCAAUUGCUUUGCGGUACUUUAUACAGUAAUGGCGAAAUAUCGUAACGGGAGCCUGGUCGGUGCACGCAUGCAACAUAAUACUAAAGGUACCAUUACACCCACUUCACCCUUGGCUUCUGUUACCACCUGCAAUUUGUUGUUUUCCUAUCCAUCGAGACUGACAUGGUACUCAUCAAAACGAAACGGUCCGUUAAAUGCUGACUUAGGAGCGGAACUACAAAAUCAAGCAGCCUCUUUGUUGCGUACUCCGCCGAAGUUUGGUAAAAUUCCAAAUUUUCCACCGAAGGCCUCUUCAACGCCAACAGGCGCUAUUUUGAAACACCGUCGGCGGCAAAGCAGUGAAGUGGCUUUGUGCACUGCAAGUGGCUUACAAGUACUGUCACCGAUCCGACCACCGGAACUUAAGAAAUCGCGCUUAAAUUUCGACAAGCAUUACACCUUGAUUGGGUAUGAGCAUAGAGCCAGUUCAACUAACGACAUUCAACUGAAUGGAGAUGGUGUCCCAUGCGGAGCGUCUCAGGUCGUUUUAAAGGACUUUGCGGAAGCGGAUCUUUUGGGUGAAUUUCGUAACGACUCAAAAUUGAAUGGGCGCAACGAGGCAAGGGUUGUUCUAGUUCGACUCGAAGAAUCUACGAGUAAAAAGUCGUCUCUGGUACCCCAACGUCGUGAUCUCCAAAGCAGAAAAAGGGCCGAAGUCGGAUGGAGGAAAGCGAAAGUAAAGGAAGAAUCCGUUGAUACCUCGGAAUUGAUAACAACUAGUGUUAACGGAAAAGACUUGAAUGCCACUAGAAUUCAGUCUUGUCGACGAAUGAAAUUGCUGUUCUCACAAACGCGCGACAUUAGUGGAGACGACAAGGAAAUGCCGACAGCUCAGCGGAGGACAAAACAAAUUAGGAAGGCUAUGCGCUGCUCGAGACAAGCAAACGCCACUGCCCCGGAUAAGAAACAGCUAGUAAAGCCAGAACGACAUGAACAACUGCAAGAGGUCCAAGAAAACCAGAACAAGCCUUCAAGAGCAAGUAAAACGUUUUCUGUAACUGGCCCGCUGUUGCCAAUCCGUAGAAAAACCGACCACAAACCACCGUUACCAGAUGCGGUGGCGAAUAGCGGUGUAGUGCAUAGAACAGGUCAGACUCAGGAUUUACGCUUACCAUCGGAAUCGAACGGUGAAGAUUUUUCGAAACAUAGUCUGCAGCGGACAAUUCCGUUCAUCAGGGAGCGCAAUGAAACCCAACGCACUCAAAAUCGAUCAGGUCAAACCGUAACAGGAGCGCAAAAAGAUAAAAAUGACACAUUAGUGAAAAACAACGGUGUUUUCAACUCUGGUACGCGUAACAACGUAUCGUUGCUAAAGAGUUGCAGGGCUUCUCGGAAGCCACAAUCAACGCCAAAAGCAGAAAAGACACAGACGCCAGCUACAGGUCUCACAAGACAGGCCCAUGUUCGCCUCGUUGAUAUACUCCAGGUCCGUCCGAAGUCCGCACUUGUUUCAAAGACAAAACCUUCUUCAAAACCAGCUACGGCAAACAACUGUAAACCCACAAACAGUACGGUUGAGAAAAAAAUCAAAAAAGAAGACGAAAUCAACAUGAUUCGUCUACCGCUACAAAUGCCAGCCGUUCCUCAACAUGAGUUGAAGUACUGGACCAAAUACGAGUUAAAACAUGUCAGUGUGUCUGUUGUACGUCUGCCACUAUAGCAAGAACGUGCAGUCAGACUUUACCGUAUAUCUCAUUCUUCCGCGGGAAAUUAUUUUCUACGCUGCCGAUGUAAAUUUAAUGUGAAGCUACGUUAAAGAACCUGCGUACAGGGAAUGCGAGUCUACUAGACGUAGUUUAGUAAAAAAGAGCCGCACGCGGAAGCAAGUAGAGACUAGAUUCUAACGAAAUAUUAAAUGAUCGAGUGCAUACAGGUGAAUGUCUACCUCGUCUCUGGAUACUUACGAGUGAUUGCUAGAUGAAUGUAUGUGUAUUUUUGUUAUUUCCCGUACGAAUAUGGAAGCUUACGUGUAGACAUUCGCCUGUCCUAUAAAUACUGGAUAGUACACGUACACACACUACUGAAAAGUCGAACAGUUAAGGACAACUACUAUCUCCUCAUCGCUUUUUUCUGUAAAAUGUAUGCAGAUGAUCUUUUCCUGCUGUAGAAAUGGUAGUCACAUAUAUUGGAACGUGUUUAGGAACAAAGUUUGCUUCCGACGGGCGCGUCACAUAUGCCCUUAGCAACCUUUGUCUUUGUCGGAUCAUUAUAAAGAUGCCACUAAUUUUUGUAAAAGCGCUGCUGUUUUAUACCUGACCGCUGCGAGUGAGGGAGUGAAACGCGACAUAAUGAGUGUUUCAAGGGGCUUUUAAAUAAGUUUCCAAUAUACCUGUAAUUUGUAGGGAGCAAAUUCGAAGCGUAUAUUUCUGAAUAACUUGUACAACGGAUAAGGUUACGUUUGUAAAGUUGAGUGAGAAUGAUUGCUUCAAUUUAAACCUAAGGUCUGAAACAUCCUUUUUUCAGGAUCCUUUUCUUGUCAUAACCGAAAUACAUAAGAUGUUAGCAAUUUUGUUGAGAAGAGCGAAAUGCAUUUUGGUGCGUCAGCUUUAGGUUCACAGAGUGUCUGUAUCUCCCAGUAACCAACACGUGCUUACACCAUCAAGCGUUCUCAAAUCUUCUCUCUAUUGUACUAAUUUUCUCUAUUGUACUUUUUUUUUUAAAAAGUGGACUCAGUUGUUUUAUUUUUUUUGGCAGAGUUUCCAACAAAAUUCCGCUGUGUAUACAACGACCUUUCGGGACCCCUCGUCCUUUUUGGGGUUACCUAAUUUUGCGACAGCCUAUAUCUUAACCUAUAAUUUUCGCAAGUUAGUUUUCCUUCCGAACAAAAACACUUCACUCAAAUUAGCUUUUAAAGUACAUUAUACUGACUACUCUAUAUAGUUUUAGGUUACACGUUUUGCCUUUUCUAACAUUAGUAUACAUGAUAUUAUUAACUUAAAAGCCAAACUAGCGAACUCCUAUAAGUAUAUUUAUGGAACUUGAUGGUUUUAAGCUGUGUAUGACCUAAGUUGACUAUUUUUAUCUCCAAUCUUAAUGUUGGUUUAAUUCAAAUCUAAACCUGCCCGUAACCAAGUAAGUCGGUCAAUCCCAUGCAUAACUACAAGCAGUUGGCGGUCAAAAUCCAUCAAAUAUGUCACCUGUCGUAUCUGUGUAGAGAUAUGUAUACUUAUCUUCAGAACAAGCUCAACGAGAAAUUCAUUGAUUAGAUUCGAUUAAACGCUACGUUAGAAAACAUUGUUACAUGGAGGCUUCAACUAAGUUAUUCAACUAAGUGUUGGAGAUAAUGCAAACGAUAUCAUAAGUCCACGUGCAAUAUUUAGUUACCUGCUAAACUUCCAUUCAAAACUUUUUGUACAUACAUUUAAUCCGCAUUGAUUAGUCAGAGGACUUAUAGUGAAAAGCAUACGAUUCCAAAUUUACUUGUAACGAACACAGUAAUAGAGGUUUUGCUUAAACUAUAUAACUACGUGUAUAUAUUGGAAUGGACAGAGGAAUCCACAGAUAUGAAUAGGGGUUGGUAAAAAACGAAGUUAAAGCAACCCGUUACGAAUAUGUCACAGUAUGUUCACAGAAAACAAACGGAUAAAGCAUAACAGUAACAUCCUUACAAUAUACAAUAUACAAAAAUACAAAUUAUUGUAAAGAUGCUGCUAGCAACGUAAUAUAUAUGACGGUAAAGUGAGUACAUAAAAGCUUCGUCGAGAUCUACAAAUAAUUUAUAAUAAGUAUCUCUCUUUUUAAGCUAUGCAAGAUACUCUAUACUACGUCAGUAGUCGGACUAUCUUAGCUGAAAUUUAUGUACGGUGAAUAAAUAAAUACACAAGAAUAUAAACUGCUACUUUA